CGGAGCGCCCGUCGGCAAGACUGCUUGUCAAGUACCGCGACCAUCUAGGACACCUCGGCAGCAAAUAUCUCGAUGUCCGCGGCCCUGGAACACUGUCCACUAUGGAUUGGAUGGCGAGAGGGGACGAGAACUGCUCUGACGAGCAGCUGGUGACCGUCCUCAAACAUCUCCUGGUAUCGGUCGAGCGGGGACUGGAGAGAAUCGAGUGGGACUCGCUCCUGGCCGGACGAAAGGCAUGGACGUGUGAGCACCGCUUGAAGAGCCACUGUGGCUGCAAAGCAUCCGGAUCACCCCAGCCGGCAGCGGACAUGAGGAACAGCGCGGGCCAGGCGAGUGCGACAGCGACUCCCGAGCAGCAGAACAAGGAGCCUGCCUGCGAACUCUGUGGCUGUGCCAAGCAAGACAGCGUGGACUGUGCGAGUAGAAGAACGAGCGCUUCCUCCGGGAUCGAAGCUGGACCUUCGAGCGACUCCGACUAUUCCUUGAGGUCGAGGGAAUGCUCUUUGACGGGGGUGCUACCUCCAGGUGAGUUAGACGGCCUGUCCGCCCUGUUCCGCGAAGGGACGUCCCUGUCGAGAGAAGAGGAGCAGGACGACGGCUACUACGACAACACCCUGUCUCAGCCCACCAGCAUGAGCCAACUGGACCACAAACUGCUGCUCUCCAGGGUCGCCUGUCUGCCGGGCUGCAGGGAUGUCGAUGGAAGAGGUGUGGUCAUCGUUAGUAGUUCUGCGUUCAGAGAACUUCCCGACCUGACUCCAUCUCAGCUGGCUCAGAUGCUGAUGUACUUCUGCACCAUACCAAAGAAAGAAAACGGUGUUCACAGCUUCCUCGUCCUGGUCAAUGCUGCUGAAGCGACGGACGAGUUAUGGACUGCCCUGGAUGAAGCGUUUAGUCUCCUCGAGGCAAACAUCUGCAAUGCUGUCGACACGGUGCUGGUCUGGAACUCGAGGAGUCACCUGGACGCCAAAAGACUUCUUCCACAAAGCAGAGUUAAGGUCGAACUCGCAGCUUCCGAAGAGAAGUUGUUGAAGUUCGUUAAAAAAGACAACCUCCUGCCAGAGUUUGGGGGCACCUACGCCUACGAUCACCAGGAAUGGAUGAGUUUCCGGAAGUUCCUGGAACCGUUCGUGUCCGGCUGCCGGCUCUCGGGGCGCCAGCUGGUGUCCGUGAUGCAAGAACUGCGGACGGGCCGAGUGCCGCCGUCGUCGGCGCUGGCGCAGCAACUGAUAGAGGCGCAGAAGCGGCACAUUCAGGACACCUUCAGGGACGAGCAGCUGCGACACCUGCAGGAGGAAGGGGACACCAUCCUCCAAGAGCUGCAGGCGUACCGCAGUAGGUCUCCACACAAUCUCGACUACAGAGACGCCCUGGAGAAGAGUGCCCUGCUCUACAGCGAGCUCAAGAGGGCCAUGACGAAGCUGACCAAACUGGCGGACAAGCGACUCCAGCGCCUCCAGGAGUGCAUGCUCGCCAGGACUUUCGAGGAGGAAUCUAGUCAAGUGUUGUCCUGGAUCUGCAAGAACGGCGCGGACGCCCUGUCCAAGCACGCCUUCGUGGCCGACUCCCUCUCGGCCAUCCAGGACCAAGAGUACGAGUUCGAAAAGUUCUACUUCCUCGCAAUGAGACAAAUCGAGAAGGGAAAUGACCUCUUGGAAGAGGCAGCCAUGAUGUCACCAGCCACCGGAGCGGCUAAAUGCACUCAGGAGCUUGCAGCAUCGCUUAAGCACCACUUGGACUGCUUCACAGAGAAGCUAGAAGACACACGGGAAAAGUUGGAGGACACAUCCCGGUGCUACUUGCUUCUGGACCAUAGCUACGAGUGGGCUUUGGACGCCAUGAAGUUUGUGUCAAGCAUGAAGAUGAAUGAUGCCUCCACUCCCGAGAGCUUGGGUCAAUUGAUGCGGCUGCUUCAGGAGUACCAGGAGGAGCACCCUGCACUCUCAGAGCAGAGUUUCCACGAAAUGCUCGACCUAGCCUCCAAGCUGGACAACCCCAAGCUCUUGGAACAGUGCAAGACGGCGCAAGCACGGUGCCGAGAGACCGUGGAGUUGAUGGAAGCUCGUCAUGCAACGCUCGCACGUGCGCGCCACCAGCUGGAGUUGGAAGGCCGCAAGUCCCCGGUACCUUCUGGAACCUUCCGGUCCAGCCACGGGCCGAUGGAGUCACGCACGCUGUUCCAGCAGAACAGCUGGUCUCCCUCCUCUUCCAGCACGCCGUACUGUUCCUUCGUGCGGCGGAGAUCCAUUGCAACCACCCAGCCGCACCUUUACUCAACUCCUCCACCAAUGAAUUCCUACACUGCUUUCCCGGGUACCGGUGCCGGUUCGGGAAUGGGUGGCACCUCGGUCGUUCAGGACUCCUUGGCGCUGGAGCAGUACAUUCAGGAGAAGGAGGAGCAGCUCCUGAGCCAGGGCCUCAUCACGGAUGACCUCACACGAAGGGGCCCCGUUACCUCCAUCUCGCGGAGCUUUCUGGAGGCUCGGAGCAAAGAGGGCGGAGCUGCUGGUACAGCGGGAACACGGGCCGCUGGUCUGAGCGCACUCCGGGAGAAAGUGCGCAACUCCCUGCACAAGGAAGGCCACCAGUGCCGGCCACAGCGUAAACUCAUGAGGCGCAGCUACACGUGGCAACUGUGUGAGGAGGCACUCAGUAAAGUCAGCGAGCGAGUGCGUGCCCAGAAUGAGCGCUUGGCCUUGGACCGCCCCACUGCAGGUCUUGGCGACCUAGAAGGCAGUGAUGGCUUGGCAAGUUCCAUUAGCUCUCCCGAGUCAGAGGAACUGACUUCCCCGGAGUCGGAACAAGCCAAGGGGGAAGCUCAGACACCGGACUCUAAUCGUUCGAGUCGGGUGCCUGUUCCUGUCAACAGCCACCUCUUGACCCGAGCGUCGGCACUCCAGCUUGCGGAUUCGGCAGUCAGCGACGCAAAUUUCAGCGAGGAACAGCUGAGGAAUCGGAAGACGCUGCUGCUCAUCAUGCGUGAAAUGGUACAAACUGAAAGAGAUUAUGUCAAGUCAUUAGAAUAUAUCAUUGAGAGCUACAUUCCGGAGUUGCUGCGAGAGGACAUACCACAGGCCUUGCGCGGGCAGCGCAAUGUGGUCUUUGGGAACAUUGAGAAGAUUUUUGAGUUUCACAGCCUCUACUUCCUACAGCAGCUGGAGCAAUGCGAAUCCUGCCCAUUCCUUGUUGGACAGUGCUUCCUGCAAUAUGAGCCCCAGUUUUACCUCUAUGCCCUCUACAACAAGAACAAGCCAAAGUCUGAUGCACUCAUGUCCGAGUACGGCAAUGCGUUUUUCAAGGAAAAGCAACUGGAGCUCGGUGACAAGAUGGACCUCGCAAGUUACCUGCUCAAGCCUGUUCAGCGAAUGGGCAAAUAUGCCCUCCUGCUGAAACAGAUCCUUAAAGAGUGUCCAGAGAGGGAGCCAGAACAUGCAGACCUUAAGGCUGCUGAAGAGAUGGUGCGCUUCCAGCUGCGUCACGGCAAUGACCUCCUUGGCAUGGACGCCCUGCGAGAGUGUGACGUGAAUGUAAAGGAGCAAGGCCGUCUCCUUCGCCAGGACGAAUUUCUAGUGCUGCAGGGGAGAUCCCGCAAGUCGCUGCGCCAUGUAUUCCUGUUCGAGGACCUCAUCCUGUUCAGCAAAGUCAGGGGGGACCCCGAACACAAAGGCCACGACAUCUACCAGUACAAACACAGCAUCAAGACAACGGACAUCGGUCUCACGGAGCAAGUUGGAGAGAGCCCCACAAAGUUUGAGAUCUGGUUUCGGAAGCGCAAGUUGAACGAUGUGUACCUGCUGCAAGCCCCCAGUCCUGAAGUCAAGCGUGCCUGGGUCCACGACAUCUCCAAGUUACUUUGGAAGCAGGCACUGAGAAACCGAGAGAUGCGCCUUGCAGAGAUGUCGUCAAUGGGCAUUGGGAACAAGCCUUGCCUUGAUAUUCGUCCCAGCAGUGACCAGAUCAACGACCGCUCCAUCACCUACCAGCAGCUGAGUAGAACUGCACCAAGAUUGAGAAGCCCAAUCCUGGCCAUGGAUCUAGGGCGGGAGGGCCUAGGAGGAGGCAGCAAGCGUCCCCACUCCAUCAUCUCUGUGAGCAGUUCAUCGUCGUCAUCGUCUUCCAGCCAGUGCUCCCUGUACUGUGCCCUCAACUUGGGCUUCGAGGCUGGUGACAGUCCAAGACCGCUGCAGCGUUCAUUGACUCACCAGUCCCACUGUUCCACGGAGAGUGGCUUCUGCACGGAUGCCAGCACGACAGGCGACUGCACUGCUGAUGCAUCCUUGGUGACGACGCGUCAGCAUCGCAAGGCAGAACGCAGCGAUUCCCUGCUCUCCAAUGACUCGCUCACGACUCACUCGGAGGAAGGCUCACGCUGUGGGGAAGAGCACCUGAGUACAGCCACGACAUGAAGCAUCGUCUUUCCAACAUGGAAUUCUAGAACAGUCUAGUUUAGCUUCCUCCGAUAACUUAUUGCAAUCCUAAAACGGGGAGAGCGGACAAUUGCGUGAGAAUCAAAACGGCAAGCACCACCACAACCAAACCUCAGGGUCCUUCUUGUCUUUUCAGUUUUCUUUUGUGUUUUUUUUUUUCAAGGGCCGUUCUUUAGUUCAAUUGAACAUCUUGUCGCCUGAUAGAAGGACGUGAGCUGAUCUGUGUGUGUGUUCACUAUGUGCCAUAGGAGUUGUCCAGAAAGUUUCAGUACCGCAGGGGAAGACGCGUUUUCACUGUCCGCAAAAUUAUUUUGGGUCACUUGGAGAAACUGGUUUCUGAGAACAGUUUGUAAAUUUUUGCCACGCUGGUGUGGAAUCUGACUGGAAGACUACCCACCUGUGACUGUGCUCUCUGGGCAAAACUUUACCAGACCCUCAUCUGGAUUGUCACCAUUCGAAGCCUCGCCGAAAGUUCACCGCACCACAAGACCAGCAUCGUUGAUUAGUGAUGUGUGAGAGAAAAGAAAUAUGUUUUUCAAUGCUUAUUGCUCUGCUGUCUUGACAUUUCACUAUCACAAAUAUAUUUCACAAAUCAAACUGCCAGUCAAGCGCCACAGAACAAGAUGGCUUCCCCCCCCUUUUUUUUUUCUUUUGCUAGUAUUUUUUUUUCUUGCCGGAAUCGUCUUCUAUUUUUGAUUUGGUAAUUCGCCAAAAAAAGUCUGCCUUCUUUCUUGCUUGUCUUCUGUGUUAUUUUCUCACCUGUUCCAGUUGAGGCCUAUGUAUGUGUGUGUGUGAGUGUGUGUGUGUGCGUGCGCGCGAUGUGCAUGUGAUGUUAAGUUCAGUGAAUAUGUUAGCAUGGUUACAACAAUACCUCCUAUAUUAUUAUUAUUAUGAUUAUUAUUAAUAUUAUUAUAUUGUGGUUGCUAUAGUUAAGAUUGAUACUAUUUUGAUUGUGUCCCAGUUAUUUAAGUUCAGUAGCAGUGGGUUGUUAGGGUGCUAGCUUAGCCUGAGACGAACCCUGGAAUGAACCAUAUUAUUCAUUGCUUCAGGUCUGCCGCAGACAUAACCAUGUCUGGGAUUGUACAAUAGGAAACUCCAUACAGUAGAUACUUGCCCGGAAAUAGGGUGGGCACAGAGGUAUGAAACUACUGGCCCUUGAAGUAUUUGCACACUUGUACAUAAUUGGAAUGUAAAUUUUAACAAAUUCCAAAUUCCCUUGCUGUUUUUGUUUUGUUUGUUUUUCUGGUCACUUAUUCACCUGUGCCAUGUAAGUUUUUUUUUUUUACUUUUUUUAAUAAGCCUUACUGGUAUUGUACUGAAAAUGACUUGUUUCUUUUGUAAAUCAUAACACAGUCAUUCUGUGUACCUUCUGUGGUUUGUAUAAAAUAAAUGUUUCGCCUAAUA